UAAAGAGUAGAAUGAGUAAUUUUGAUGACAUAUAACAACUCGAUUUUGUUUUAUUGAACGAAAAAAUUCACUUUCUAAAACUUUGUUUGUAAAAUUCUCAUCCGAAAAACAAAAAUGGUUGAUCCAAAAUUUGAAGAUUUACCCGGAAUCGCCCAUGACGAACCCGAUGUGUACGAAACACCCGAUGUUGUUGAAGAGGAAACGCCCGAUUUCUACGAAGAGCCUGAAAAUGAAAAUAUCGAGCGUUUGCAUAUUUCCACAAAAGAUGCAUACAAUCGAUUUAAAGGCAAAUAUUUAACUGGUUUUGUGGAUUUUUCGGAUCGCAUAAGUGGUCGAUUGCGUUCGGGUUAUGAUGCACGGUCCGGCAUUUAUGAAUACGGCACCGACGAUGAUGAACCAGAGACGCCCAUUCAAAAGUGUCAACGUCUUCAACUUGAAAUGGACGAAUUGAUGCAAGAAUUGGAAGGUUUGAAUGCAAGCAAAGCCAUAUCGAAGGAGGAAAAAGAAUGCUACGAAGCAAUUGGCAAUGUUGUAACCAAUUCAAAGAAAGUAUUGAGCGGUUUACGAUUGGAACAAGUGUUGGGCUCCGAAGCAACCGUUGCAACGGCCGAUGCUGAAAUGAAAAAUUUACUGGCACAAAUUGAUGCAUACAAAAAAGGUGAUUCAGCGGCUAAGUUGCCAACCAAAACACCAUGCGAGCUGGUGACAACGACACGAAUCGCUGAAUUAGAAAAUAAAUUGCACGACAUUGAAACGGUGAUUGGUGCAGAACCGGAGAAAUUGAGACGACUUUCAAUGGCCUUACAUUCCAAUAAUCUUCUUGAUGCUGUUCAAAAGAUUUCAACGGUGGCCGCAUUGUUGCAGCCAACACAAUUGGAUGUGAUCGAAACUAGAAUUGGUAAUUUAGCAAAUAAAAUGGAUGCAAUCGCCGCCACAUCGAAUAAUCUGAGCAAAGAUGCAUCGGUCGAUCAAAAAACACUUGAACUUUAUGAAAUUGCUAAACGAGCCGAACCGAUCGCACAACUUUUACCAAACAUGUUACAACGGAUGCAAGCACUUGAAAAUCUUCAUAAUUAUGCGACCAACUUUAGUAAAAUCAUCGCUGAGCUUGAAGCACAACAACAAACAUUAUUAACUAGUUUGGCCGGCAAUAAAACACUCUUGCAAAAUGUUCAACAAGCGUUCGCUGUCAAUUUGGAAAAUACCAAGAAGGAAAUUGGAAAGCUUGAAUCACGCUUGGACACUCUCAAAUUAAAAUAAAUCGAUUAAUAUUAUUAUUUAUAAAGAAGAUUUGAACAACUAACAAAGAUGAAAUAAUUUCAAUGUUUUGUACACUUCAUUGCAAAAUAUACGCUUUAUUUCUUUGCUCUUGAAAAUA